CUGGUUUUCCCUAAUCAUUCUGGAAUUUGUUCUUCAACUCUAGGUUUAGCAUAUUAAGCUACUGACAAAGUGAAAAUGAAAGCUUUUACUGUUGGUGUUUUGUUUACUUGCCUCUCUUGCUGGGCUAACAUUGCUAGCUCAGCGGUCGUCUGCCCCCCACCCAUACCAUGCCCUCCCCCCCUCCCGGGCUGCAACUACGUGACGGACGAGAAUAACUGCCAGACCCAGUGCGCAAUGGUGUGCACCAGAUGUGCACCAGUUGCAUGCGACAUGUUCUGUCAGUAUGGGUUUGAACAGGACGCCAGUGGAUGCGAGCUGUGUGCGUGUAAGCCCGACCCCCUCGAGUGCCACAUGUGGAUGAAGUGUGCCAGCGGCGUCUGCCCCAACAGCUGUGGCUGUCAGCCUAACUGUCAGUAGUCCAGAUGUCAUCCUAACUGUCAGUAGUCCAGAUGUCAUCCUAACUGUCAGUAGUCCAGAUGUCACUAGUCCAGAUGUCAGUUGUCCAGAUGUCAGUAGUCCAGAUGUCAUCCUAACUGUCAGUAGUCCAGAUGUCAGUUGUCCAGAUGUCAGUAGUCCAGAUGUCAUCCUAACUGUCAGUAGUCCAGAUGUCAGUUGUCCAGAUGUCAGUAGUCCAGAUGUCAGUAGUCCAGAUGUCAGUAGUCCAGAUGUCAGUUGUCCAGAUGUCAUCCUAUCUGUCAGUAGUCCAGAUGUCGGUUGUCCAGAUGUCAGUAGUCCAGAUGUCAGUUGUCCAGAUGUCAGUAGUCCAGAUGUCAUCCUAACUGUCAGUAGUCCAGAUGUCAGUAGUCUAGAUGUCAGUUUUAUUACCAGCAUUUCACAUGUCAGCCUCGUUGUCAGUAGUCUAUAUGUCAGCAGUCCAUAUGUCAGUUAUCCAUAUGUCAGUAGUCCAGAUGUCAGUUAUCCAUAUGUCAGUAGUCCAUAUGUCAGCAAUCCAUAUGUCAGUAGUCCAUAUGUCAGUAGUCUAUAUGUCAGUAGUCCAUAUGUCAGUAGUCCAUAUGUCGGUUGUCCAUAUGUCAGUUAUUCAUAUGUCAGUAGUCCAUAUGUCAGUAGUCCAUAUGUCAGUUAUCCAUAUGUCAGUAGUCCAUAUGUCAGUAGUCCAUAUGUCAGUUGUCCAUAUGUCAGUAGUCCAUAUGUCAGCAUUGUUGUUGGUAAUACUGAACAUCACGAACUAAUUACGUUAUCGAAACACUUUAUGAAGGUAUUUUUAAUUUAGAAAAAUAUUUGAAGCAAAAAAUAAAUAGAUCUAGAAAUAAAUUGCUUUUACUAAGUUAUAAAC